GAACUGCAGUUACGUCAUAUUUUAACGUUCAUAGUUUAACGUCUUUGGAUUUUUUCUACAUCUUUACAAUCGAGAUUUCUAUCACAAUGAAGGAUAAGGAGUAUAAUAAACCCGAUAUCAAAAUUAAAUUGUAUCUCAGACAAGUAUUAACAGCUUUAGGACCAUUGAUCGGAGUGUCCGUGUCCGGUAUGUCGAAUAGCUAUAGCGCGAUUCUUCUUCCGCAACUGAAGAUAAUUUCGACUAAUAACAGCGAAUCUUUAUUUGACUCUGCGGACGCGGAUAAUUUCGAAGUGCUCAGUAUUGAUCAAGAAUCAUGGAUCGCGUCAGCUGCGGUUCUACCGAUAAUUCCGGGAUGUUGGGUCGGUGGAUUCAUGGCAGAAAAACUCGGCAGAAAGACAUCAGUGAAGCUACUAUUUCCUAUCUUUUUUAUCGGCUGGAUGAUCAUCGGUUUCGCCAACAGCAUCGCAGUUUUAAUAGCGGGUAGACUCCUCUGUGGAUUCUGCGUCGGAAUUUUGGCAGCCAUGCGCUCGAUUUACGUGAGUGAAACAAGCGACCCUCUGCUACGUGGCAUUCUACUAGGGGCAUUCAACGUAACUCUUUCGGCCGGUAUAUUGGCAUGUCACGCGAUGGGAACUUGGCUGCAUUGGACAACCACCGCGUAUAUUUGCGGUGCGUUUUCCGUAAUCUGUUGGAUCGUCUGU